GUGUUCAAUCCAAUCCACAAUCGGUCAACGUCACUCGUCAGGCUCGUCAGCGGUCAGCUGUCAAUUUUCUACACGUUCUAUUUAUCAUCAAUAUCAAGUUUUAUUUCGUAUUUACUGAUUAAUUGUGCAAGAGGAGGUGUUGUAUUUAAUCAUGAUUUAUUCUGCUUGGCUUAGGCAACUACAUUCGCUAACAAUAGUCAUAUUUACGUUCAUAAUUUCCGCACAAACGGACGUACCGCGUCCGCGCGGAGUUUCUUUAUCUAAAGCGUCCCUGUAUUCGCCGACUAAAGAUUUUACAUGUUUCGACGGAACAAGUACUAUUCCUUUUAGUUACGUAAACGACGACUACUGUGACUGCUUCGACGGCAGCGAUGAACCAGGGACAGCCGCUUGCUUGAACGGAGUCUUUCACUGCACAAAUGCAGGACAUCGACCGCAAAACAUUCCAAGCUCUCGGGUCAACGAUGGGAUCUGUGAUUGCUGUGACGGCACGGACGAAUACUCUACGCCAGGCACGUGUUCCAAUAUUUGUGAAGAAUUGGGCAAAGAGGCCAGAGCCAAGGCCCAACAAUUGGCUGACCUGCACAAGGCUGGAAACCACAUAAGGUUAGAGCUUAUAGAGAAAGGUAAUAAAAAGCGAAGUGAAAUGGCUGAACAGCUAUCACAGCUAGAAAAAGAUAAAACUGAAGCUGAAAAAAUUAAAAUAGAGAAGGAAGCUAUAAAAAAUGAACUGGAAGCCAAAGAAAAUGAAGCUCUCAAAGUUUAUAGGGAUGCUGAAGAGAAAGAUAGGCAGCGCAGAGCUGAGCUAGCACGCCAGCAAGAAGAGAAGGAAGCUAGUGAACAGUUUGCUAGGUUUGAUUCUAAUAGUGAUGGUAUAUUAACAACUGAUGAAAUUAAAGUAGUUAAUGUUUUUGAUAAAAAUAAGGAUGGUGAAGUAGAUCAAGAUGAAAUCCUACAUUUCUUUGGUGACAAAGAUAGUGUAAAUAAAGAAGACUUUAUGUCAACAACUUGGCCAAUAUUAAAACCUUUGCUGAUGGCAGACCAAGGUAUGUUCCGUCCAGCUGGUGAUGAAGAAAAAGGGGAAGAAACUGAAGCUGAUGAAGAAGAGGAUGCCCAGAGAGUUGAAGACACAGAGGAUUUAGGUGGUGAUGAUGAAAACAUUGAUGAUGCCCCGCAUGAAGAAACGGAUGAGCAUGAUGUAGACCCUGACAACGCCAGGACAUAUGAUGAUGAAACACAAAAACUGAUUGAUGAAGCUACAGAGGCCCGACGUCAGCUCACAGAUUCCGAACGCACAAUAAGGGAGAUAGAUUCAAAUAUAAGAACAUUCCAGCAAAAUCUUGAGAAAGAUUAUGGUUUACAGCAGGAAUAUGCUACACUAGACGGUCAAUGUUUGGAAUAUGAAGAUAAGGAGUAUAUCUAUAAACUAUGCCUCUUCCAGAAAGUCACUCAAAAGUCAAAGAACGGUGGCAUGGAAGUUGGACUCGGUGAUUGGGGAGAAUGGGCUGGGGAAGAGGGUAAAAAGUACUCAGUGAUGAAAUACACUAAUGGAAUAGCCUGCUGGAACGGGCCAAAUAGAAUGACUACAGUACAUAUUAACUGUGGUUUAGAGUCUAAGCUAACCUCAGUCACUGAACCAUUCCGUUGUGAAUACAAAAUAGAGUUAACUACACCAGCUGCAUGUGAUGAUUCUAAUCUCUCACAACAAACUUCACAUGAUGAGUUGUAGUUAUAGAUAUUUCUAUUUCUAUGUGCUGUGUGUUGAAAGUUAGAUUUAUAGGUCACUCAUUUUGAUCACUUUCUAAGUUUAAAUGAUAAUUUAGAUUUGUCAGGUCAAAUUUGUAAAUCUAGUUUAAAUACUAGACAGCAAAUUUAGACUUUAUGAGUGUUCUAUAACAGUUUCUUUGUCCGAAAACCCUAAACUAUCACAAACUGUAACCCUAAACAGUCACAAAUGUGAACCAUAUGGCUAAUUCUGUUGUAGAAAUUUCUAAACAAAACUUAAAUGACAGGUCCAAAUUUUUUGCUAUUCCUUUCCUAAUGCUCCUUGGAGAAGGAUAGCACUAGAUUUAGAUCUGAAAAUUUAGGUAAAGAUCAUGUACAUCAGAAUUAGCUACAACACACCAUUGCAUGUAUACAUUGGGAUGUUGGAUAACAUUGUGGCUAUGAAUGGGGUAUGUAUACUAUCUGAAAUUCACAAUGUGAAAUAAAGUAGGUCAAUCAUAAUAAUAAACACUAUUGUUGAACUUGUAGCAUUUAUCAUAAAUUAUGUUACAUUUAAGAUUACUUAUUUAUUACGUAAAAAAUCAAUCAUUUCAUGUGAAGACUGACCUGACUAACUAUUGUUUUUAACAUAACUACUGUUUAAGGUUUUUACACAUUCCUAGAGUUUAAAGUUGUAUUAUUUUCUUCUAUAACAGUAGGAUGAUUAAAAAUCAUGAUGUGAACAAAACAUUGUAAAUGAUUAAUAAAAUAUUGUUUUUGAUUACAAA